AUGGGCAUCUUGCGCGCGGCUGCGGAAGGCGGAGCUGAAGCCAGUGUGAAAAGCUCACGUGUCCCGCUUCAUCCUCCGCCUCUCAACAGCAAAAUGGCGACUAUUGACUUCGACUCGUCCGUAGAUCCAGAGAUGGACCUUACCAGCGACGAGGAGUUAGAGAGGGAAGCUGAAGGCUUCAAAGAGCAGGGAAAUGCCUUUUACGUCAAAAAGGACUAUGCUGAAGCGUUCAACUCAUACACCAAGGCCAUCGAUCUGUGCCCAAAAAAUGCCAGUUACUAUGGCAACCGUGCGGCCACGCUAAUGAUGCUGAGCCGAUACAGAGAUGCAUUGGAGGACUCCCAGCAGGCCGUGCGGCUAGAUGAUACUUUCAUGAAGGGUCACAUGCGUGAGGGCAAGUGCCACCUGUUGCUUGGCAAUGCAAUGGCUGCCAGCCGCUGCUUCCAGAAGAUUCUAGAUUUGGAACCUGACAACAGCCAAGCCCAACAGGAGAUGAAGAAUGCUGAGUCUGUUCUGGAGUACGAGCGCAUGGCUGAGAUCAGCUUUGAGAAGCGAGACUUCAGGAUGGUGGUGUUCUGUAUGGAUCGGGCACUAGAGUAUGCGUCUGCAGAUCACAGGUUCAAGGUGCUGAAAGCAGAGUGUCUGGCACUGCUAGGACGUUACCCAGAGGCCCAGUCUGUUGCCAGUGAUAUUUUGCGGAUGGACUCCACAAAUGGUGAUGCCCUGUAUGUGCGGGGAUUAUGUCUGUACUAUGAAGACUGCAUUGAUAAGGCUGUCCAAUUCUUCAUUCAAGCACUACGGAUGGCACCCGAUCAUGAGAAGGCCCGUUUGGCCUGCAGAAAUGCUAAAGCCCUGAAGGCUAAGAAAGAUGAAGGGAAUAAAGCAUUUAAAGAUGGCAGCUAUGAGGAAGCUUAUGACCUCUACUCUGAGGCACUGACCAUCGACCCAAACAACAUCAAAACCAAUGCCAAGCUCUACUGUAACAGAGCCACAGUUGGAUCCAAGUUAAACAAACUGGAGCAGGCCAUCGAGGACUGCACAAAUGCUAUUAAACUGGAUGAGUCCUAUAUUAAGGCUUAUUUGAGAAGAGCGCAGUGUUACAUGGACACAGAGCAGUAUGAAGAGGCCGUCCGAGACUACGAGAAGGUCUAUCAAACAGAGAAGACUAAAGAGCACAAGAACCUGUUGAAGAAUGCUCAGUUGGAGCUAAAAAAGAGCAAGAGGAAAGAUUAUUACAAAGUUCUGGGAGUGGGAAAAAAUGCCACUGAAGAUGAAAUCAAGAAGGCCUACCGCAAACGAGCUCUAAUGCACCAUCCAGAUCGACAUAGUGGAGCGAGUACUGAGGUGCAGAAGGAGGAAGAGAAGAAGUUUAAGGAGGUGGGCGAGGCCUUCACUGUGCUGUCUGAUCCCAAGAAAAAGUCCCGUUACGACAGUGGCCACGAUCUGGAGGAAGAAGACAUGAAUAUGGACUUUGAUGCCAACAACAUUUUUAAAGCAUUCUUUGGUGGUCCUGGUGGGUUCAGUUUCGAAGCUUCUGGUCCUGGAAAUUUCUUCUUCCAGUUUGGUUAACUUGGCUUCCAGCAUGUAUGCAGUAGUUCCACAACCUCUGAAUUCCCCUGACCCGGACUGCUCCCCUCCAUCCCUGCUCUCUGUGUAACGGGCACGGCCCCACAGUUGGACGUGCGUCUGUGCCAUUGACUUGUUUUACUGUUUUUGCACAAAGACAACAACAGCAAGGGCAUGACCAUUCUGUACCAGACAAACGUGAUUCAUUGCACAGCUCUCUUUGACAGGUGUCCUUUUUUAGCCCAUGUUAUACAGCUCUAGUUUUUUUUUUGUUUGUUUUUUUAAAUCAUCCAAAUGCAUCACCAUCUUCACAUUUAAUAUUUUCAAGAACAUUUAGAAAUUAAUAUUUUGGUGAAUUUUUCCAUUUCCAAAAGCCUUGACCACAUAUUAAGAUGAUGUAUUUGAUAAGUGGGAGAACUUACUCAGAAUGUUUCAAGGUGCCUACAUGCCUUCGUCAAAUCCACAGUUUCUCCCAGACACUGAAUAGGAGUACUUUGUGAUUGUUCACCCAAAAUGAUUAUUUUCUCACCCUCAUGUUUUUCCAAACCUGUAUGACUUUCAUGGAGCACAUAAGAUGUCAAGUGCUAGUCUGUCACCAUUCACUUUCACUGCAUCAUCCAUACAAUAAAAGUGAAUGGUGACUGAUAAUAACAUAGUGCUCAACUUCUUUUGUGUUUCAUUGAUGGAAUGAAGUCCUAGGGGUUUGGACUGACAUGAGGGCGAGUAAAUGAUGACAGAACAUCCAUUUAUGGGGUAAACUAGACCAUUAGUACUCAAGUCUCAUUUCCUGUCAUCCCAUACACAGCCCCCCACAAGCAUAUUUUACAGUUCACAAAAUGAUCCAAAUCAUCUAUAUCCAAAGGACGUCAGUAAAAAAAAAAAAUAUGGAGUAAUGCAGGUAUUAAUUAUUGCUAGUGAACAUAGGUUGUUUAAAAAUGUCAAAAUUCCACAGAUUAUAUUUAUGCAACAUUGUAAACCAUUUUUUAAAAGACCUCAGCAAACAUUUGCCAUUUGAAUGGGAGCGCAUCAUGCCAAAACUCAUUAGAAAUUAUUAAUGCAGGCCAGGUGUACUCUCUCAUUGAUUUGGGUAAACCAAUACAGAUUGUUUGACUACUGCAUACAGAGAUUUGAAGAGAGUGCGUUAAAGUUUGCCAUUUUGAGCACCUAAUGGCCACACCCCUCUCUGUAAAGUUCAUUGUCAAUGUUGCCAUUCAAACCCUCGCUGCAUUGUACAUUUUACUGGAAUGUAAAGUGUUUCUUUUGUGUUGAUAGUUUAUGACUGUUUAAUUUUUUUUAACUAUGGAAUACACUUACAUUUUUUUGAUAUGUAUAUUUAUUGUAAAUUUGCUGGAUGUGAGCCUUGGAAGGAUGAAGCAUCUUUAGAUGCACUAGGAUCUUAACUCUUUUAGGUUAAACUCUGAGAGAGAGAGAGAGAGAGAGAGACUAAUGUUUGGAUGGCAUUGAUUUGUCCAUUGCUGAAUUAAAGAGCCUUUUGAGGGACUUGUUUUGGAUAUCAGACAAGCUGCAUUGUGUAUGUUAUGGAUCCAUGUAAGUUGAGGGCUUGGUCGGUGAGCCACAAUUGUUUGUCUCCUCUGAUUUUAACUAAAGCCUUUAAUUGAUUUGUUGUGCUCCAGCAUUCACUUACUGUAUUUGACAGUUUACUAUUUAACAAUGAAACAUUUGUCUGGAAUACCUUCAAAUUGCUCAUCUUGAAAGAUCUACAGUGCAUUUGUAAGACACUUUCCUUGCUGACUUUGCUCACUAUGCAGGAACAGUCUUGACUAUGGACCGUUUUUAAAAAGCCAUGUAAAUAAAGUAAGCCUCUUUCUGUUUUCCCCCUUCACCAAAUGCUCAUUCUCUGUAGCACAUUUUAUAGUGAUUUAUGUUUAGCCCAACCAGGAAUGUUUUUAAUGCUGUAGUUUCACAAGUGAUCUUCAAGAGGUUUAGAAUGUUUGCUGAAACAAAUAUCAUUCUUUUAUGUUGGGGGAAAUAAUUUCUUUAUUACUACUUGGAAAAAUGGGAUGUGUGGCAGCAGUGCAAUGCAAAAAAUCAUGCAGAUAUGGGUAAGGAACUUCAGUUAAUGUUCACAUCAACCAUAAGAAUGUGGAAAAAAAAAUAAUCUCAGCAAUUUCGACCACGGCAUGAUUGGUUUCAAACGGGCUGCUUUGAAUGUUUCUGUAACUGCUAAUCUCCUGUGAUUUUAAUGCACAACAGUCUCUAGAGUGUUAAGAGAAUGGUGCGAAAAUGGUAAACAUCCAGCGAGAGGCAGUUCUGUGGACUGAAAUGCCUUGUUAAUGUCAGAGGAGAAUGGCCAGACUGGUCCAAGCUGACAGAAAGGUGGCAGUAACCUAAAUAGCCACACAUUACAACAGUGUUAUGCAGAAAAGAGUUUCUGAAUAUACAACAUGUCAAAUAUUGAGGUGGUUGGGCUACAGCAGCAGACAACACCUCCGGGUACCACUACUGUUAGCUUAGAAUAGGAAACUGAGGCUGCAGUGGGCACAGGCUCACCAAAACUGGACCAUAGACUAUUAUGAAAACACCUGGUCUGACAAAUCACGAUUUCUGCUGCAACAUGCAGACGGCAGGCCCACUGCAGCCUCAGCUUUCUGUUCUUGGCUAACAAGUGGAACCCAAUGUGGUAUUCUGCUGUUGUCACAACAACCUUGUGCCGAACACGUUCAAAACAUUGGAGAUGAUAGGGGACAUCAAGAGAAAUCACCCCCUCACCAUCCUGAACAGCACUGUGGCAGCAGUGGAGUCAUUCAUGUUCCUGGGCUCUACCAUCUCACAGGACCUGAAGUGGGACACCCACAUAGACGAAGUUCAACCUGCCACAGGAGCUGCUGACUCUGUUCUACUCGGCCAUUAUUGAAUCUGUCCUGUGUACAUCUAUAACUCUGGUUUGAUUCAGACAGAAGGAAACUACAACAGGACUGCUGACAGGAUUAUUGGUACCCACCCUCCAAGAGCUGUAUGUCUCCAGAGUGAGGAAACAUGCAGGUAGAAUCACUCUGGACCCCAUACACCCUGCCCAUGCCCUUUUUGAACUGUUGCCCUCUGGCCAGUGCUCCAGAGAACUCAGCACCAGGACAUCCAGGCACAAGAACAGUUUUUAACCUUAGGCCUUUUACCACAUGAAUAACUUAACUGCCUUCAGGACUCCUGUAGUGCAAUAAUGUAUAAAUAUAACAUGUACAUAUGUAAAAUCACUCAUUUAAUUAAAUAACUAUACAUACCCCUACCUUGCACAUAUAUUACCACAUGUUCAAAUGACAUUCUAUGUUGGUAUUUUUUUUUUUUUGUAGGUCUUUAUACUCUUACCUUGUUUAUAUUUUGUCUCACUAUAAUGUUCUGUGUGCACUUGUUUCUCCUAAUACAUGAGCACACUUGUCAAUAAAGCUCAUUCUGAUUGUAGCCAAUCUGCCUCAAGGAUUGACCAUUCUGAGAUGCUAUUGUGCUCACUACAGUUGUACACAGUGGUUAUCUGAGUUACCAUAGACAUUAUGGCCAUUCUCCAUUGACCUCUUAUCAACAAGGCAUUUCCGUCCACAGAACUGCCACUUCCUGGAUGUUUUUUUCUUCUUCGCACCAUUCUCUGUAGACUAGGGACUGUUGUGUGUAAAAAUCCAAGGAGAUCACCAGUUACAGAAAUAUUCAAACCAGCCAGUCUGGCACCAACAAUCAUGCCACGGUUCAUGUCACGAAGAUCACAUUUUUCCCCAUUAUGAUGGUUGAUAUGAACAUUAACUGAAGCUCCUGACCCGUAUCUGAAUUCUUUUAAGCAUUU